AUGGCGUUGGCAUAUCUCCUGAAGCAGAUUCCCAAGGCCGACCUCCGCUUGCGCCUAGAACCUCUUGCUUUCAUAGUAAACCACAAUGCUCGGACGAAAAGUCGCAAGGAGGCGCAAUUUGUCGCACGUUACCUGGAGAAAUUGGACAUCCAACCCGUAGUUCUCAAUAUGGACUGGGGCAAAAUCCCAGACCCAGCAAGCUUGCCGGAUUUUGAGAUGCAGGCUCGAAAAGCACGAUAUCAAUUGAUCGCUACAGCAGCCAUACGAAGGAAUAUUCACCACCUGUUUUUGGGUCAUCACCAGGAUGACCAAGUCGAGACAAUUCUAAUGCGAUUGAUCCGAAACCCAAAUACCUCAUUUUUGGGACUCCAGGGUAUGUCUGCGCACAGCGCGAUACCAUGUUGUGAAGCCAUCCGAGGCGCACAUGAGAUGGAACGGUACGAACGGUGGCCAGAUUGGCUUCGUCAAUUUGACGAUACCAUGCCGGAAGAGGUGGAAGACAACGAUGCAAUCAACCUUGGAAAGCAAGUAACGGUGUCGCGACCAGGUGGUCUCCAAAUUCACCGUCCACUGCUCGAAUUCCCUAAAAAGCGCCUCGUCCAAACCUGCCAACAUAACGGCAUUAUUUAUCAAAAUGACAAGACUAAUGACGACCCAACACUGACACUACGGAACGCCAUUCGGCGACUGAGAACGAACCAUCAUGGCUCAGGCUAUGAUAAGCGUCUUCCGAGAGCACUGCAGGCACAGUCAAUUCUACAGAUCGGUCAUCGGGCACGCAACUCGACGUCUUCUCUGGUCGAGCGAGGGGGCGAAAUUCUCAGGAAGAUCAGAGUGCAAAGCUUCGAUCUCCGGUCCGGGUUGAUGACCAUAGCUGUCUCCAAGACUUUUGUUGCUGCCUGCGAGGACGAUGUUGAAGCCGGUGCAAAUGCCCUGGCGAGGCUGACAAGCGUUGUCAGCUACCAGUCGAGGGACGACGUGCCGACGCUUGUGCCACAGGCCCGCCUCAUGGAGUUCUUGGAUGCAAUGCGAUCUUCUGACGCGACGUUUCUGACUAUUCAGAAGGUGUUGCUCGAGAAGUUACAAGUUGACAGAUCGGGUAUUGAUCAUGAUCGAGUUGCGUGGAGGUUGUCGAGGCCACCAAUGCGUUCCUCUGAGGCCAAGCUCGCUCAUCAAAACUUCCCUCUGAAUAGUCCAUGGACCAAAACCAGUCUCAGCUCGAACUCGACAUGCCAUCCCAACGUAGACUCCAGCAGCGGGGUGUGGUCGGACUGGGUUCUGUGGGACCAUCGAUACUGGAUGCGUGUGAGGGCACAAGACCCCUCAAGCCUUUCUGAGAUCUGUGUACGCCCAUAUCAGGAGUCCGACGCACCAUACGUGGUCGAGACCCUGAAGAAAGACUCGGUCGAGUUCCACGACACACUGGCGAAGGCGGCGCCAGGCAAGCUAAGGUAUACACUGCCAGUCCUGACUUACCAGGGCAGAAUCUCUGUCUUUCCGACAUUGAACAUAUCAAUUCCCAAGUCGCGGUCGCAGCAAAGUGGGCCGACCGUCGCUCAGCACCCAAUACGUGAGUGGGAGGUCUCAUACAAAGCCAUGGACCAGCCCUUUAUCCAAGAGCAAGCGAAAACAAUCGAAUGGAGGAAUGCACUGGUGAAAAGGCGCCGAGGAGCCUAG